CCCGCCGCGCUCGUGUUCUCGUCGCCUGCGGCCUCUGGCUCUGCUUCCCGGCGGCCGAGAGCGGGACCAGAGAGUCCUUCUGGUGGGCGGCGCGGGGCUGCGCGCGUCCGGCAUCCCGGGGCCGCUCGGGCGGGCCGGCGAGGGAGCCCCUCGGCGGUCCAUGCAUCCGCCGCCGCCCGACGCCGGCGUCGCGAUGGAUUUCGGGCAGAACAGCCUGUUUGGCUACAUGGAAGACCUGCAGGAGCUCACCAUCAUCGAGAGGCCGGUCCGCCGGAGCCUCAAGACACCAGAAGAAAUAGAAAGACUGACUGUUGAUGAAGACCUCAGUGAUAUUGACAGGGCUGUUUAUCUGCUCAGUGCUGGUCAAGAUGUCCAAGGAGCAAGUGUGAUUGCAAACCUUCCAUUUUUGAUGCGACAGAAUCCUACUGAGACACUUCGGAGAGUCUUACCCAAAGUCAGAGAAGUCCUGCAUGUCGCAAGCGUGGAGAUGCAGCUAACGGCUGCAGUGUCCUUUCUGACCAUCCUUCAGGAAGAAUCAAUGUCAGUCCACACCUGUGCACACUCCUUCCUGCAAGUCAUUCUCCUGCACCUGGAGCACAGGGACACAGGUGUCAGCAAUGCAUGGCUGGAGACACUUCUCUCCGCAGUAGAAUUAUUGCCAAAAGAAACCCUGAGGCAUGAGAUUCUCAAUCCACUUGUUUCCAAGGCACAGCUUUCCCAAACUGUCCAGUCACGUUUAGUUAGCUGUAAAAUUUUAGGAAAAAUAACCAACAAAUUUGAUGCCCAUAGCAUUAAAAGAGAAAUACUUCCCCUGGUAAAAUCACUCUGUCAAGAUGUGGAAUAUGAAGUUCGAUCUUGUAUGUGUCGCCAGUUAGAAAACAUAGCUCAGGGCAUUGGGACAGAACUGACAAAGAAUGUGGUGCUUCCCGAACUAAUAGAACUCUCUAGGGACGAGAGUGGCAGUGUGCGGCUUGCUGCUUUUGAAACCUUGGUUAACAUGCUUGACAUGUUCGAUACAGAUGACAGAAGUCAAACUAUACUUCCCUUAGUGAAAUCGUUCUGUGAAAAGUCUUUCAAAGCAGAUGAAUCCAUUCUGAUUUCUUUAUCGUUUCAUUUAGGAAAGCUAUGCCAUGGACUCUAUGGAAUUUUCACUCCAGAUCAGCACUUGAGAUUUUUGGAGUUUUAUAAGAAACUUUGUACACUGGGUUUGCAACAAGAAAAUGGCCACAAUGAAAGCCAGAUUCCAUCCCAAAUCGUAGAGCAGGAGAAGAAAUAUACUUCAGUACGAAAGAACUGUGCUUACAACUUUCCGGCCAUGAUUGUUUUUGUUGAUCCUAAAAACUUCCACAUGGAACUCUAUUCUACAUUCUUCUGCCUUUGUCAUGACCCUGAAGUACCAGUCAGAUACACUAUUGCUAUUUGCUUUUAUGAAGUAUCUAAACUUCUGAAUUCUGGAGUACAUUUAAUUCACAAAGAGCUGAUAACAUUGUUACAAGAUGAGUCACUGGAGGUUCUAGAUGCUCUUAUAAAUCACCUUCCAGAAAUCUUGGAACUUAUGUCUACUGGUGGAGAAAACAGUGUUCAAGAAAAUAAGUUUUCCUCAGUGCCAGACUUGAUUCCAGCACUCACAGCUGCUGAGCAGCGAGCUGCAGCCUCCCUGAAGUGGAGGACCCACGAGAAGCUGCUGCAGAAGUACACCUGCCUGCCUCAUAUCAUAUCGAGUGACCAGAUUUACUACCGUUUCUUACAAAGAAUGUUCACCAUCAUGAUGACAAAUAAUGUCUUACCUGUCCAAAGAGCAGCUGCACGAACUCUAUGCAUUUUUCUACGAUAUAAUCGUAAACAAGAGCAGAGGCACGAAGUCAUUCAAAAAUUAAUUGAACAGUUGGGCCAAGGAAAAAGUUAUUGGAAUAGACUUCGCUUUUUGGAUACCUGUGAAUUUAUCAUAGAGAUAUUUUCCAGAUCAUUUUUCUGCAAAUAUUUCUUUCUACCUGUUAUUGAACUAACCCAUGACCCAGUGGCAAAUGUGAGAAUGAAACUUUGCUACCUGCUGCCCAAGGUGAAGUCUGCGCUGAAGAUUCCGGCAGACAUGCAUCUCCUCCAGCAAUUAGAAAUGUGUGUGAGAAAGCUCCUGUGUCAAGAAAAAGAUAAAGACGUCCUGGCUAUUGUGAAGAAAACGGUAUUAGAGUUGGACAGAAUGGAGAUGUCUAUGGAUAUGUUCCAGAAAAAAAAUUAUGAGAAAGAUUUGUUGGAUCAAGAGAAAGAAAGAGAAGAACUGCUGUUUUUGGAAAUGGAACAGCUGGAGAAGGAGAAGCAUCAGAGUGACGGGAGGCUGGCCAGUGACAAAAGCUUUGAGAAGAAACGCAGAGACUCCAGGACAUCAACUCAGAGCCUGUCCAAGAACUUGCCCAUUUCUGUUCCUGGGCCCUCCUCUAGCACUGCAUCAACAAGCAAAGAAAUCAAGAAAUCCAAAUUGACUCGAAGCCAAUCUUUUAAUAAUCAAGCUUUUCAUGCAAAAUAUGGCACCUUAGACAAGUGUGCUAGUAAAAGUUCCACCUUAGCACACACGUCUUCUGUCUCAGGGCUGGUGAGGACUGCCAUGCUGUCACUAACUGAUGACUCAUUCCGAACUCGCAAUGCCAGUAGUGUUCCAGCUUCCUUUUCUCCUAACCCUGUCGUGCCCAGCACUUCCCGUGGGCCAGGUAACACAGCCGAUCCAAAGAGUGGUGGAAGUAAAGAUGCACAGCCCCGGAAGGCUACCUUAAAAUCCAGAAAAUCCAAUCCUUAAGUCAACUGCUUGGUGAAGGAGACAAGCAGUCAGCAGAGAUUCUGAUGGUGGAAAAGCUACAGCGACAGACGACCAGGAUUGUUAAAGUGUGGAAGGGAGGAAGGAACAUCGUGCAGCUGAUGUGAAACUUGCCCUAUUUGGAAUUAGAUUUCCCUAGGAGGUAUGACAUGCGAUUUACUGUAGGCUCUGAAUCCCAGGGCUCCAGUGCAGUGUAAUGAGCUCCAACUUGGUGUGUACUGCCUGCUGGACUGAAGAGACAUGCCUGUCUUUAUGUGAGAGGCUGGCUUUUGUUAUACCAAGUUGUAGCAUUUAGACAUCCCAUGGCAGUCUAACUUAGCCUGCUUGUCUAAAUUGACUCCUGGUAACUUGGCUAGGACACAGGAGGAAAGGAAGGCACUGUAUUUCCUAUGAGCUCUCUGCUCAGAGCAGCUGUCUGUGGUCCCGUGGGUCCUGGAUUCUGUGAUGGUAUCAGCACCUGGACGGCCCCAGUCUAGAUUCAGCAAUGAAAAUCUACAAAGAUUCAGGAAAACUUUUAGCUACAAAUACCUUAAAAAUGAUAGAUUGAUGAUUUCCUUAAUUCCUAGAAUUUCUUUUAUAAAUGCUUUGUUUACAUUUUAGAUUGUAUCUGUCCUUAAUGUCAAAUGAUGAAUCCAGUUUGAAUCAGCUGUCAUUCCAAGCUAUCAUGCUCACGCCAUGUCAACAGCACCCAUUUGUACUAAUGCUAAUAAUUCCAUCAAAAUUUGCCUGUGGAACAUAUAUUGUCCUUAACUUUAAGAUGUCAUUUCCUGAGACAGAAUGUAUGAAGCUAUUGUCAGCUUCUCUAUUUCAAAUGCAAUCAGCAUAUAUCUAUAUUGAUAUCAGAAAAUACUUGUUUUUUAAAGAUAUAUUGAUGUAUGAUAAAGAUGAUCUAAUUUGUGAAUGCAUAUGUGUGCGUGGUUACUUUUUAUAAUGUGAAAUGGAUAAUGAGCUUAUUUAAAAUAAAGCAGAGGUUAAUGACAUACCUGUACUUGUGAGAAAAGUUUUAAAUACUUUCCUACAGUUCUUACUCUGUAAAGUCAAGGCAGUUCAUCUUUAAAUAAUGAGUUGGUGGAGCAUAAUGUAUCAACUGUGGAUGACUCAGGGACAGUCGCUUACUGCUUCUUUAUUCUUUGUCAUCCCUUUCCUUCCCCGUGGCCUCCUUGGGGCACUGUUUAGGGACUCAGUACCUUUCAUCAGGGACAGUCAGAAGUGAAAGUCCAGGAGCCCUGAGAAACUUGACUGUCUUGUGUAAGGGAAUUCAAGUAGUUUGAGUAGUUUGAGUCUUCUGCUAGCCUAAGACACAUGGACUUGAAUCUGUUGUGGUAUGCAGAAUUCAUUGUGCAGAAGGGGACAGCAAGGCUGCGCCAGUUUUCCAGGAUUCUGGUUUACCACACCAGCACUGAUUCUGUUUACAUUGGAUACAACAGAGAGUUCCAAUUUGAUUGUUAAGUAAUACACUUAGUACUUAAAAGCUUUUCAUAUUCCUGUUUAUCUAUGUGGGGUAAAGGAAAGUGAUCUGGCAGAGACUAGUCACCACUGCUUAUAAAGUUGGAAGUCAAUUGUUUAGGCAUUAAAUUAUCAAUUAAAACAGUUAUUCAAAAUUACUUUUGUAUUUUUUCACAAGUAUUAAAACC